UGGACGAGCACGAAUUCGAGGCUUACCAUGGCAAAGACGGCCUCAAAUGUGAGACCCCACGGCAACAGCGCAAGGGCGAUACGGGGCAACAGGAGCAGUAUGAUAUUUUGUGCUCCAAAGUGGAGACCUACAUCAUCACCCAAGGAAACCAAAGAAGUUCAGCAAACUCCACCACAGCCGAAACUGACGCUACGCUGUUGAGCUCAAUGCCAAUUUUACAUGAUCCAGACCUUACUCCAGAGCUCCCUGUGUCGACUCAGGCUUCAGAUACAGUAGCUGAGCCUCCUAGCUCACCGCUUCAAUGCAAAACGUCUUCAUACUCACGCAAGGCAAAAGAUAACUAGCCUCUAGAGGAAGACCAAAGGCCACCGCUGCUUAUGGGGCCUGACUUGUGCAUGGCCGAUAGUCAUAGUGGCACCGAUGCCAGCGCGGGAAGAGCAGCGUACCAACGCGUAUCCAACGUGGAUGGAUCCAUGGACGAAUCCACGCUGACCGAACGUCCUGGCGUGGGUUUUGCAACAUGUGAAUGUAUCUCAUCCCACGACAUAGAUCCGAUAUCCAUGGUUGAUUCCAUGCUGACGGUGCGUCCUACGUCGCUGCAUGAACCGAGCUGGAAUCCGUUGUCCUUAUCUCACAAAUCUACACAUCCCGCCCAGUUCUUCGAUCACCCAGCCUUCGAAAUACGGCUGGCAACGCCACCAGCACACAUUGUUCCCUCGGUGUCUUUCAGCGAAGACUCGUGGGAUUCAUCUGUACAAUCCACAACGGCAUUACAGUCCGAAACCAGUACCACGUCCUCCUCCACUGCCUCAUCCGAGAUAUAUUGCGAUAUAGAUGACUGCUGUACCGCAUUCAGUGGUGUUCACCGUAGGGGCAACUUAGCAAGACACCAGCGGCUCAAACAUUCGAGUAGAGUCUAUGUUUGUGAGAACGCUUCGUGCGAGAGAGUGUUCAAUCGGCAAGACGCCCGACUUAAGCACUACAGAAAGUAUCACCAACAAUUAGCUAGGCCGUACGUUGCUCGCCCUCAGACAAGACAUGCAAACAAGGAACAAUAUUUAGAUUUCAUGAGUUCCGCUUCAGGUUGACUUGUAUGUAGAUGAUGGGACUUGUUAGCUGUAAAGAAAUGUCAUCUUCUACUUGAGUAUCUCUACUACCAAUCUCGCUUCACUUCAGA